AUGGCGGCGCCGGGGCUGGACCAGGUCAUGGCAUUCCUCACCGACCACGGCUUCGCCGGCGCGGCCUUCGCGCUCCGUGACGACGUCCUUGCACGCACCGCCGCCGGGGACGAAACUCACGACGCCGCAUUAGAUCCCCAUCUCCCGCCGCUCCGGAUGCCCGCCUCCGCCGCCGGUGCUGGCGCUGGCGCUGGCACGCCGGCACCAGCGAGCCCCGGUUCCAGCUCUGGCUCGGCGUCCUCAUCAGCUUUCGUCAGCAUGCGCUCCACGCCCUCAGGGCUGUUGAAUCCGUAUGGGCUGUGGUCGCCGAGGCAUUCGCAGUCGGACGCCUCUUCAUCGGAGAUGGAGUUUGGUACAGCGCGCCAGUAUGACACCACCGACCUCUUCUUCCAAGAGGACUGGCUCUACGACGAUCACCUCUUCCCUAGCAAGCUGGACGAUGAGGAUGACGAAGGCAAAGAGGAGGACAAGUUUGUAAUGGAUGCUCACGAUGGCUCAGAGCAGGUAGAACUAGGCAAGCUUGGUGCAGGCCAUAACCACCGUCAUGAACACAUCGGUGGUGACCGAUGUGAAGGUUGCGCUGAGGUGUACACAUGCUCAUCACCACUCUGCGGUUGCUGUGGAGGGGGACUCAAGAAUGACGGGCUUGAUGUGGCCAGGAGCUCAAGCUCCACUGUGUAUGGGAGAUACCAAAUCAUGGAUGACCAGACAGAGAUACUGGAUGAUUGUGUGCAGGAUGGGUUUCAAUUGAAGCAGAGUGGAGGUAUUAUGUUUGAAUGUGGUAUGCCGAGGGAUCCUAGACAAGGAGAUGAUGAUUCAGAGCUGAGUGUUGUGGAGAAGGAGCUUCAAAUGCUCAGUUCAUUUGAUACUGAUGCUGUUGCGAAUCACGGUGUACAUGAUUUCAUGGACAAUGGUGAGCUCAAUGGCAGCUGUGACAAAAAUCUUAAAAGCAGCAUUGAUAAAGAAUAUCCGAAAGGUCAUCGGAUACAGCCAUUCCCUGAAAGUGGUGAUCCUGAUGAAGCAUAUGAGUUUCAAAAUGUUGGAUUAUUAAAUGCAGAUGUUCAACAUUCUACUGCUCUUAAAGCUGAGGAAGAUGCCGAGACAAAUAUUGAUCUUGCUCUCUCUGAUUUUCACCGAGAAUAUGAGGUAUUUGAAUUGAGAAUUAUCCACCGCAAGAACAGGACUGGCUUUGAAGAAAACAAAGAUUUCCCCAUUGUCUUAAAUUCAGUUGUUGCUGGAAGGUAUUAUAUCACUGAAUAUCUAGGCUCAGCUGCAUUCAGCAAGGUUGUGCAAGCACAUGAUCUUCAGACAGGAAUGGAUGUUUGCCUUAAAAUAAUUAAAAAUGAUAAGGAUUUCUUCGACCAGAGCUUGGAUGAGAUAAAACUUCUGAAGUUCGUGAACAAAUAUGAUCCACUAGACGAGCACCAUGUAUUGCGCCUCUAUGACUACUUCUACCAUCAGGAACACCUUUUUAUUGUCACUGAACUACUGCGAGCAAACCUAUAUGAGUUUCAGAAAUAUAAUCAGGAAUCUGGUGGUGAGGUGUAUUUUACUUUGCCUAGGAUACAGGUUAUAGCUCGGCAAUGUUUAGAGGCCUUGGUUUACUUACACCGUUUGAGGAUCAUUCAUUGUGACCUAAAGCCAGAAAAUAUUCUUAUCAAGAGCUACAGUAGAUGUGAAAUUAAAGUCAUUGAUCUGGGAAGUAGUUGCUUCUUGACAGACAACUUAUGCCUCUAUGUCCAAUCACGCUCUUAUCGAGCUCCUGAGGUCAUUCUGGGCCUACCUUAUGAUCAGAGGAUUGACAUUUGGUCUCUUGGUUGCAUCCUUUCUGAACUGUACACUGGUGAAGUAUUAUUUCCUAACGAGCCUGUGCCCAUGAUGCUUGCUCAAAUGAUUGGGAUAAUCGGCCCAAUUGACAUGGAAAUGCUAGAAUUGGGACAGGAGACACAGAAGUAUUUCACUGAUGAUUAUGACCUUUUUACCAAGAAUGAGGGUAAUUCUUGGUGUGAACCCCUGAUCUGUUAUUCACUUAUUCUUAUUGAAGAAACAAGAAUGGGACCAGCGGUGAUGGCAGAUCGUCAUAUCCUAUUUUCUGAGCUCGUGCAGGCGCAGCAAACAUCCAGCUCGCGCAGGCGCAGCCGCCAGCCGGACGAUGCAAAGCCCAAUGGACCAAGGGACAGCGCACACUGCUCGGAUGCCGCCGCCUUUCGCCCUUUCCUGGCGUGA